AUGGCCGUUCGACAUCAGAGUGCGUUGUUAGAGCUGGAGCUCCAGAUUGAAGUUGAAUGGAAUGAGAGGACGACAAUAUGGGGCAGUGAGCGUUCGAACUCCCAAUCUCAGCAGGCUCUUCGAGAGGAAGUCUUGAAAACGUGUGAGCGGCCUUCGUGGUCUCCUCAGGACUUCUAUGAGGCUGCAUGUGUUCCCGACAAGGCAUCCCUUGACGCAGCGGUCUCGUCCAUGGAAAUACCUAAGUUGGAGGCCACUCUAUAUCCCUUUCAGCGCAGGGCUGUACAGUGGCUUCUACGGCGGGAAGGUGCGGAAUGGUCUCCCGGUUCCCACGCAAGGGCACCUGGCGUUCGACCUUAUGUCAUGUCAGCAUCAUCCGAGCUUCCCAUUUCAUUUACGUCGGCCAAAGACGCAGACGGAAGUACCAUCUAUCUCAGCCCUUUGCUUGGAGUCGCCACUAGAGACACGGCAUUAUUUCGAUCUGUGCAAGAUCUCCGCGGUGGUAUCCUCGCGGAGGAGAUGGGGCUAGGGAAAACGCUGGAAAUGAUUGCCCUAAUACUUUUGCACCGGCGCCUUGAAUCCCCCGUCAUGGUUUUCGACCCUUUCUUGGGACGUGACCUCCUCACAGCAUCGGCGACCCUGAUCAUUGCUCCUUCAACGCUUCUUGACCAAUGGCUUUCCGAACUCAGCCUUCAUGCACCGAGUCUGAAGGUCAUGUUCUAUCCUGGAGUCAAGAAAAUAGCAAAGCUGAAGCCCGGAAGUCAUGAGAUCUCGGCCGAGCAAUUGGCCCAGCAAGAUGUGGUGAUCACCACAUAUGAGGUCCUCAGAUCCGAGAUCUGGGCGGCGUCUGAUGAGCCGGGACGUACCUUGCGCAAUGAGCAGCAGUACGAACGGCUGAAGUCCCCUCUUGUCCAGCUGUCGUGGUGGCGAGUGUGCAUUGAUGAGGCACAGAUGGUCGAAAACUGGACCAAUAAUUCCGCAAAGCUGGCAAGGAAGAUUCCUCGUGUGAAUGCUUGGGGUGUUACAGGGACACCAGUCAAAGAUGAUAUCCGGAAAGAUCUCCGGGGGCUACUUCUUUUCCUGCGCUACGAACCGUACGCUUCGGACGCGAAGACCUGGAAGCUCCUGACCACCUUCGAUAAGGGUUCCUUCCGGAAGCUAUUCAGGUUAAUAUCAAUGCGACACAGCAAGAGUCUCGUGAGGGACGAGAUCUCCAUACCGCCACAAAAGCGGUAUGUGAUCACCACACCGUUUACCGCUGUGGAGCAAGAGUAUUACCAGAGUCUUUUCGAGGAGCUUGCCGCGACCUGUGGCUUGGACGCUCAGGGGAACCCUCUCCAAGCCGGGUGGGACCCCGAGGAACCGUCUGUGCAAAGCGCGAUGCGCGUGGCCCUCGACCGACUGCGCCAGACUGUUUUACAUCCCGAAGUGGGAAACCGGGUCCGCCGAGCAUUCGGACAAAAGGUUGCUCCUAUCCGGACAGUUGCGGAGGUCUUGGACGCCAUGAUGGAACAAUCAGAUAGCGCCAUACGAGCAUACCAGCGCAGCCUUUUGUUGGAAAGAUUAUACAGAGGACAGAUGCUUGCUUCAAAAGCCACAGAAACGGUGACUGAAUGCCGUGUAAAGCUGGACAAGGAAGUCGAAGAGGCCCGAAAAGGGAGCACGAGAGAACCCCAGCUUUCACCUGACGAUGGUGGGGAGGAAGACCGGGACGAAGUCGUGGCCCCACGGGUGGGAGAGGCUCGACGCCGGCUACGAUCCGCACUGGAGAUACAACACGCGGCGGUCUUCUUCUGCGCAAACGCAUACUUUUCGUUGAAAUCGAACAUAGAGGUAACGGUUCCAGACUCGGAAGAGUUCAAACGGUUGGAGAGGCUUGAGACAGAAGGGUACCAUCGUGCUAGAGAGAUCAGGAAAGAGAUUCUUCACGAGAGCCAUACCAAAGCGAAGAAGUUGAUGGGCCGGCUGGAGAGAAUGGCUGAACGGCAGGCCUUCGGUGUCAUCCCCGGGUUCAAGUCUGUCGACAAGAAGGGUAUUGAGAGCAGCAGAAUCGCCGAAGCCCUUGAAGACCUCAGCGUGGCGCUGGAUGAACAGGCCGUCCAGCUCGAUAACUGGCGCGAACAUGUUCUACAACUGCUGCUUAAACCUUUGGUCGAUGAAGAAGUCGACGAGACUACAGGCGAAGAAUACGGCGAAUCAGCUAAACUCCAGGACGAAAUCCUGGUCUAUCUGCAGAUUUUGCGAACAGCACUUGCAGACAGGCAUGAGGCGAUAACAGGACAAAAGAACUUCCUAGUAGAACACGAGAUUGAGGUGGCUGCGCGGAUGGCCGGCGAAGGGGAUGGACCAGCUCCCAAGAAGCUUCUCGGGCUUCUGAGGGUCCGCGAAAUUGUCAAGCCGCGGAUUGCUGAAGGGUAUGUCCACACGUCAAUGCGAGGGCUCGUGUCAGAACUUCGAGGUCUGUCGGUCCAGUUCCGGCACGACGCAGCGUCUGGGAGCUCAAGGGCAGCAAAAGAGCUUGCUAUUGCCUCCGAUUUGCUCAGGUCUACACUCAGUCGGCAGGCAGAGCAAACGAAGGCUAUAACGGUCCUGGAGAAGGAGAUUGAAAAGUUCAUGGACACUCUGAACGCUCGAAUAGACUACUAUCGGCAGCUCCAAGAGGUUUCCGACAUGGUUGCGGAUUAUGCUGACCCAACAGAAAGCGACGCACUGAACAUAGCCCUCCAAGCAGGUCAAGGCCGGGAAGAGCGGCUGCAAGCAAAGCUGGCCGCUGCAGAGUCGAAGUACCGAUAUUUGGUACAUCUCAAGGAGGCGGAGUCGAGCUCUGAAGAGCAACGCACGUGUGUCAUCUGCCAGUCAACCUUCACGAUCGGCGCCUUGACAGUUUGCGGACACCAAUUCUGCAAGGAGUGUAUCACUCUGUGGUUGCGAGCGCAUCGCAACUGCCCUGUCUGCAAGAGGCAUCUGCACCGAACCGACCUUCAUGACAUCGCCUUGAAGCCGCAGGAGCUCAAGGUUCGCUCGGAGACACAUCACAGAAACAACACUGAAGACCCGAACGGGCCACAACCAUCUCCGACCAGAAGGGCUUUGACCAUCUACAGUGAAUUCAACGCCGAGAAGCUCGCUGAGAUCAAAAACAUGGAGCUAGAUGGUCCGAGUUUCACGACAAAGGUCGAUACUCUUACUCGUCAUAUCUUGUGGCUAAGGGAGGCGGAUCCUGGGUCCAAAUCCAUCGUCUUCUCUCAGUACAAAGAGUUCCUGGACGUCCUGGCGGUUGCAUUUCAAAGGUACCGCAUCGGCUUCACGUCGUUUGACAAGGCACAUGGCAUCACCAGUUUCAAGGAGGACCCUGCCACGGAGGUGUUCCUACUCCACGCGCGAGCCCAUGCCAGCGGACUGAAUCUCGUCAACGCCAACCACGUGUUCCUGUGCGAGCCGCUACUCAAUACGGCGCUGGAGCUCCAGGCCAUUGCCCGGGUUGACCGGAUUGGGCAGCUGCACGAGACCACGGUCUGGCUGUACGUCGUUGACGGCACCGUGGAGGAGUCGAUUUACGAGCUGUCGGUGCGGAGACGCAUGGAACACAUGGGUCGAAAUGCGAAGGGCAGAGGCAGGGGCAAUGGCGCGGGAAUGGACCAGAAGGAUAAGGGCACGGACGAGGCUGAAGCAUACGCGCCUGUAUCGCUGGAUACAAAUCUUGACGAAGCCAAUGCGCUCGAAAUGCAGCAGGCGCACUUGUCCAAGUUGAUGGGCAGGGAUGGCGUCGCGGGCGAGGCGGUGGACGGGGAUGAUCUGUGGACUUGUCUCUUUGGGCACCUGCAACGUAAAGCGGGCAGAGAAGACCAGAAUCCUGUCAAUGAGUCUACUCGUCGCUUCUUGGCCGCUGAAGCGGCGGAGAGGCGGAUGGGUGAGGGGGAUAUGGUGGCAGUGGGAAGGGGUUCGAUAAACUGACACAACCGAGCUUUGGUUUAUGUUGAUACCUGAUAUAGGCUCAUAAUAACCGCAACGUAUCGAAUGGAAAAUCAACGACCAAACUGGAAGAAGU